AUGACCAAAACUUUGGGGGGCCGCGCGCGCUCACCUCGCCCGCCCAGCGGACGCCCGCCCCGCGCCCCGCGCCCAGCCUACUCCGCGGGGGGCGGUGGUGGCUGGCCGGCCGUUGUUGUUGUUGUUCUGGAGGUGGGGGUGCUUUGGGGGAUAUUUUUUUUCCAUUUUUUUCUGUUGGAGGAUCAAGACCGCCCCCCCCCAAAAAAAAUCCACGAUCAAAAUGUGUCCGCACUAGAUUUCUCCCGGAAGAAGCGGCGAUCCGGAGGGCACCAAGGGGCGCUCCGGCGGGUGACAGACGCCGCUCGAUCCGUGACUGUGGGAAGGAGGAGCGGCGCUGACAUCUCCCCCGGCGGCGCGUCUUAUGUUCCCGAGGAGGAAUUGAAGGCGGCGGAAAUAGAUGAGCAGCACGCGGAGGAUGGUGGGCUGUCCGCGGACAUUCAGGAGAGCCAGUUCGCGUGUAAUGAAGAGGCAGAGAUCAAAGAGCCCCAGAGCUACCAGAACUCUCCCGUCAGCACUGCCACCAACCAGGACGCUGGCUACGGGUCCCCCUUCAGCGAGAACAGCGACCAGCUGGCCCACUUCAAGAACUCCUCCUCCAGAGAAGAGAAGGAGGACGCCCAGGGCCCCGACGGCAUCUCGUACCCUCAGGACAGCUUGGCACAAAUCAAAGCCGUGUAUGCAAACUUGUUCUCGGAGUCCUGCUGGUCUAGCUUAGCUUUGGAUUUAAAGAAGUCCAGUUCGACCACCAGCAACAGCGAUGCUGGCCAGAAGGAGAGCUCCGCUCCGCCCCCCACGCCCCCCACCAGCACUGCCAGCACCACGGCCGCGGCAGGGGCGGCGGCGGCGGCCGGGACCGCCAGCACCAGCAGCAGCACCAGCAGCAGCCACAGCAGCAGCACCAGCAGCAGCGGCGGCGGCGGCUCUGGGUACGACUGGCACCAGGCCGCGCUGGCCAAGACGCUGCAGCAGACCUCGUCGUACGGGCUGCUGCCGGAGCCCAGCCUGUUCAGCACGGUGCAGCUCUACCGGCAGAACAACAAGCUGUACGGCUCGGUGUUCACCGGGGCCAGCAAGUUCCGGUGCAAAGACUGCAGUGCUGCCUACGACACCCUGGUGGAACUGACGGUGCACAUGAAUGAGACGGGCCACUACCGGGACGACAACCGGGACAAGGAGUCGGAGAAGACCAAGCGCUGGUCCAAGCCCCGGAAGCGCUCCCUGAUGGAGAUGGAGGGCAAGGAGGACGCGCAGAAGGUGCUGAAGUGCAUGUACUGCGGACACUCCUUCGAGUCCCUGCAGGACCUGAGCGUCCACAUGAUCAAAACAAAGCAUUACCAGAAAGUGCCUCUGAAAGAGCCAGUGCCAGCCAUCACCAAGCUGGUCCCUUCAACCAAGAAGCGAGCACUUCAGGACCUGGGGUCUCCUUGCUCCCCGGAGCCAGUGGGGGUGGCCUCCGAGGCGGCGCUGGGAGACGCGGCCAAGGACCAGAAAGCGGCAAACCCGUACGUCACGCCCAACAACCGCUACGGCUACCAGAACGGGGCUAGUUACACGUGGCAGUUCGAAGCCCGCAAAGCUCAGAUCCUCAAGUGCAUGGAGUGUGGCAGCUCCCAUGAUACCUUGCAGCAGCUCACGGCCCACAUGAUGGUCACCGGCCACUUCUUGAAGGUGACCACCUCCGCCUCCAAGAAAGGGAAGCAGCUGGUGCUGGACCCCGUGGUGGAGGAGAAGAUCCAGUCCAUACCCCUGCCCCCCACCACUCACACCCGGCUGCCAGCCUCCGGCAUCAAGAAGCAACCCGACUCCCCCACCGGCUCCAUGGCUCCGGAAGAAAAGAAAGAGCCGGACAAGGAGAAGGAGAAGGUGCCGGCGGCGGGGGGAGACCCAGAGAGGAAGAUCAAGGAGGAGAGCGAGGAAGGCUCGGAGAAGUUUGAGCCCACGACGGCCCUCUACCAGUACCUGCGCGAGGAGGACCUGGAUGACAGCCCCAAGGGGGGCGUGGACAUUCUGAAGUCCCUGGAGAACACGGUGUCCACGGCCAUCAGCAAGGCCCAGAACGGCGCGCCCUCGUGGGGUGGCUACCCUAGCAUCCACGCGGCCUACCAGCUGCCGGGCACGGUAAAACCUCUGCCGGCGGCCGUGCAGAGCGUGCAGGUGCAGCCGUCCUACGCCAGCGGCGUGAAGGCACUGUCCUCCGCCGAGCACAGCGCCCUCCUGCCCUCCCCGGGGAGCCUCACCCCGCCUCCGCACAAGAGCAACGUGUCUGCCAUGGAGGAGCUGGUGGAGAAGGUCACGGGCAAGGUCAGCGUCAAGAAGGAGGAGAGGCCAGCCGAGAAGGAGAAGGGGUCCCCGGCCAAGGCUGCCUCCCCGGGGGCAAAGGAGAACAAAGAUUUCCCCAAGUCAGAGGAGACCGGCAGCAAGCCACAGAAGAAGGGCCUGGAUGCCGAGACGGAGAAGGCCAAAAAGGAGGGUCCGGCGGACGCCCACACCCCAAACGGCACAGAGCCUCUCAAAGCCAAGGUCACCAACGGCUGCAGCAACCUGGGCAUCAUCACGGACCACUCGCCAGAACCUUCCUUCAUCAAUCCACUCAGUGCGCUGCAGUCCAUCAUGAACACCCACCUGGGCAAGGUCUCCAAGCCCGUGAACCCCUCCCUGGACCCGCUGGCCAUGCUGUAUAAAAUCAGCAACAGCAUGCUGGACAAGCCCGUGUACCCCAGCACCCCGGGAAAGCAGAGCGACCCCAUCGACCGCUACUACUACGAGAACAGCGACCAGCCCAUAGACUUGACCAAGUCCAAGAACAAGCCCCUGGUCUCCGGCAUGGCCGAGCCCGUGGCGUCGCCGCUGCGGGAGAGCGCGCUCAUGGACAUCUCCGACAUGGUGAAGAACCUCACGGGCCGCCUCACCCCCAAGUCCUCCACGCCCUCCACGGUCUCGGAGAAGUCGGAUGCCGAUGGCAGCAGCUUCGAGGAGGCGCUGGAUGAGCUGUCCCCUGUCCACAAGAGGAAAGGACGCCAGUCCAACUGGAACCCGCAGCACCUGCUCAUCCUGCAGGCCCAGUUCGCCUCCAGCCUGCGGGAGACGGCGGAGGGCAAGUACAUCAUGUCGGACCUGGGCCCGCAGGAGCGGGUGCACAUCUCCAAGUUCACCGGCCUCUCCAUGACCACCAUCAGCCACUGGCUGGCCAAUGUGAAGUACCAGCUGCGGAGGACAGGAGGAACGAAAUUCCUCAAGAACCUCGACACAGGGCAUCCUGUUUUCUUUUGCAACGAUUGUGCCUCUCAAUUCAGAACUGCUUCUACAUACAUCAGCCAUCUUGAGACUCACCUGGGCUUCAGCCUCAAGGACCUCUCCAAGCUGCCGCUCAGUCAGAUUCAGGAGCAGCAGAGCGUCUCCAAAGCCCUGGCCAACAAGACAUUGGGCCCCCUGGGGGCGGCCGAGGAAGACUUAGGCUCCACAUUCCAAUGCAAACUCUGUAACCGGACUUUUGCCAGCAAGCACGCAGUCAAACUGCACCUCAGCAAGACGCACGGCAAGUCUCCAGAGGAUCACCUGAUCUACGUGACCGAGCUGGAGAAGCAGUAAUGUCCCCGCUGUGCACGGGCCCGCUGGACAGCACACUCACUCCCCGUCACCCUCCAACCGCACCAGGCCAAGCCUGAGCCGCCCACGCCAGCCCUUCCUUGGUUGCUGAACUACCUGCCUAUCUGGACCUUGGUUUUUCUUACACAUAUUUUGUAGUUAUAUUUAUAUGCUCUUUGUCGGGUCUGUGCAUGUUAUUUUCUUUUCUUGCUUCUUUUUUUUUUUUUUUUUUUUUUACUUCCGUGAGUCAAAGUCUGACCUUUAUUUUCAACAUCUGUUCUUGGUGUUAAGCUAUCUUUUGUAGGAAACAGUGGGGCAUACUACUCAGUAAAGAAAGACACAAAUAGCAAUGAUAAAAAGACAUCCUAAACUUAGGAAGUUGCCAUGACAGUAAAGGUCAUAGAAUCUGGUAGUGUCAAAUUUAACCCUUUGAGGACUUGUAAUUGCAUCUCUGUGCCUUUCACUCAAAAAAAAAAAAAAAAACCAACAAAAAGAGAAAAAAAGAAUAAAAAGGCUUAAAGGCAUUUCAUUCAGAUCAAAAGCUGUGUCAGACACAAAACUUAUUUAAUAAUUAAAAGAUGAGCUUUUCUAUGCAGGCUGGUCUGUGUGGGAGACUUGCAUGCUCCCUUGGAGGAUGGCGCUGUCAAAAAGACCCCUGGGGUUAGCAGUCCACACCUGCACCCGUUUCAAACAGAAAACAAAACACCAAAAACACAAACAACAAUCACCACCACCAAUACCCCAGUUGCCACUAAGCCCAGACCCUCUGGAUGCUGAAAAAUGCCACUAUUGGCAAGAAAAAAAAAUAGUAUGCAAGCUAUUAUUUAAAAAGAAAAAAUGUAUAAAAAUGCUAUUUCUUUCGUUUUUUUUUGUUCCUGUAAAAUACUGCGGUUUAUAGUUAUUUACAAAUGUAAGCUUUGGUACAAGCUGACCUUUCUAUAGCGUGCUGCAUUGAUAAAUGGAAAAAAAAAUCUGGGGCAAAUGUUGGAGUCCUUUCCUUGUAAAUUACCAACAUCAGCUUAUGCACUUCUGUAGGUUAUAAAUGGUAUCAUUUUAAUCUAUCCUACUUUCUUUGUACCUUCUGGCUGUAUGCUUUCUCUUUUAACUUUUUAUAUUGUCAUUUUAUAUUAAAUUUCUGUGUAUAUAAUGUAAAACCACACUUUUUUGGAUAAAAGUUAGUUCCUGCAGCUUGAUUUAAAUAGAGGAAUUUUACGGGCACCUGUAUCUUCCCAGAUGCAUGUACUCAGAGGAACUAUCAGGCAAAAAUAAAUAAAGAAAAACAAAGCAAGCAAUGCACUAUUAAUGAUACAUUUUGAUGUUUGUCAUUAAUAUUGUACAGUACAUUUUGGUUCACACAAUUAAAAUCCACUGUUUUCUCACAUGUAAAAUAAAUCCACACGCAGUUCUUGAUUUA